AAAAGGGGUUCAUAAGCAUCUCCCCGGUGUCCCCCGGGGAAACGCGGGCGCAUUUUGGCCCAAGCAGCUGGGGCGGCCGGCGGGAAGCUCCUCCCUGGGGGUGUAGCACAGGAAGGGGUGGCGGUCGGGGGUGUCGCGGAGCUCCCUGCGAGCCGGCGGAGUCCCCGCUGCCGGCUGUACUAUGCGUGUGUCUUGUGUUACAGCCAUGCUGCACAUCGGCGGCCAGAGCGAGGGGCGCGGGGAGGAAAAGGCUGUUUACACAGACUGCAAACCGCCCGGGGAAUAGUGCGGGAGAGGAAGUGAGCCGGGCCGCUGUCUGACUGCCCCGGCUUCCUGCUCGCUCCCUCUCACGGGCAGGCGCUCACACACACACACACACACACACACACACCGGCCCAAGAAGAAAAAAAAAAAAAGGAAAAAGGGAAAACAAAAUCAGGAUCUCAUUACUAGAGAAACAGAGAGCCUGCAGAAGACUGUCAGCAUGGAGAAUCAGGGAAUUUUACUCAGCUCCCUCUAGACUACCAGGAGAGCGCGGAAAAGUCCCUCAGCCGCUGGGUAUGGAGAGUGCAAUCACACUGUGGCAGUUCCUUUUGCAGUUGCUGCUAGACCAGAAACACGAGCAUCUAAUUUGUUGGACAUCUAAUGAUGGAGAAUUCAAGCUACUCAAGGCGGAAGAAGUGGCUAAGCUGUGGGGACUCAGAAAAAACAAAACUAAUAUGAAUUAUGACAAGCUGAGCCGGGCGCUCAGAUACUAUUAUGACAAGAACAUCAUCAAGAAAGUGAUUGGACAAAAAUUUGUAUACAAGUUUGUCUCCUUUCCUGAGAUUUUAAAAAUGGAUCCACAUGCUGUGGAAAUCAGCAGAGAGAGACUUUUGCUGCAGGACAGCGACUUUAAGAUGCCUUCGGAGAGCAGGGAUCAGCACAAGCACAGCUUGUCAGCACUGAAAAGCACAAGCCGUAAUGAAUAUAUCCACUCUGGCCUGUACUCCUCUUUCACUAUCAACUCUCUGCAAAACCAGCCAGACCCAUACAAGACCAUCAAAACAGAAAAACUGGAGAAGUCAGAAGGAAACACACCAGUUGAAGAAGUCCGGACUGUUAUCAGAUUUGUGACAAACAAAACAGACAAACAAGUUACGAGGCCCAUGGUGUCGUUGCCUUCUACUUCUGAAACAGCAGCUGCCUCUGCUUUCCUCAACUCUUCAGUAUCAACUAAAAUAUCUUCCUUAAUGCUACCCAACAGUGUAAGCAUUUCAUCUCCAUCAUCAUCCUCCUCCAGGUCACCAUCUCUGUCUCCCACCUCCCCCCUCCCUACAGAACACAAGAGCUUCUUCCUCGACUCCAGUUGCCACGACUCAGAUUCCCUUGAGCCUCUGAACCUCUCUUCAGGCUCCAAGACCAAAUCCCCAUCUCUUCCCCCAAAGGCUAAAAAACCCAAAGGCUUGGAAAUCUCUGCCCCACCUAUGAUUCUCUCCAGCACUGACAUCGGUUCCAUCGCCCUCAACAGCCCUGCACUUCCUUCGGGAUCCCUGACUCCAGCUUUCUUCACUGCCCAGACCCCCAAUGGAUUACUGCUAACCCCCAGCCCGCUGCUGUCCAGCAUUCACUUCUGGAGCAGCCUCAGUCCUGUUGCUCCUCUGAGUCCUGCCAGGCUGCAGGGACCAAACACUCUGUUCCAGUUUCCAACUCUGCUAAAUGGUCACAUACCAGUGCCACUCCCCAGUCUGGACAGAGCCUCUUCACCAAUACUGCUUUCUCCAAACGCUCAGAAAUCCUGAUGAUGCCUCAUCACACCAAGGAUGUAUUGGUGGAUUUAACACUUCAUUCCUAUGGGCUAGUUUUUCCUGUGUCAUGAGAAGGACAUUGUGAAACCCUUUAUUACUUUGGUUUGCACUUUUCAUUACAUGGAUCAUCUACUUUUAUUAUGUUAGCAUUUUUCAACAGUGUUUAUAUAUAAAAGUAUAUAUAAAUCUGUUAUGCAUUAAAUGAAUUAUAAUUUUUUUAUAUCAUAGCUCUCAAGUGUUGAACACUUCUGUUGUGGAUGAAGUACUUUUCUUAAUGGAUUGCAACAAUGUAUCUAUUAGGGAUGUGAAGCUUCUUUUUAAUCCCUUUUUCUGCAUAUUAUGCAUUGCGCUUGUGUAAACUAUAACCGGCUGUGCCUUCUUUUGCAUAAAGUCAUGUAAAUGAUUUAUAUAUUUUCUAGUAUUAAGAUAAAAUUUGGAAGAAAGAAACUAGUAUUGAACAGCCCUAUGGUAGUAUUUCAGUAUUUUCUCCACAGAUGGGCCAUACAAUGCAGUGUAUUAAUGUACCUUUGUAUUAAGUGCUUUCAAAUUGUAUAAAAAUAGCCUUAUAAUUUUCCUUUGCUGAAGUGGAAAAUAUAAUCCUUGCUACAGCCAGGAGGAGAUGUAGUUCAGAGUAACAAAGCCACAUUUAUAUAUUUAUGCCCAAGUUCUUCUGUCAAAUUGCAACAAGGAGGAACUGGGCUAUGUAUGUUCACGAGAGGUUUCCAACCUUUAAGAGUACUUCUGUAGAAAAGGAGACAUUGCUCAGAAUUUAUGUGGCCUAUAUUUCUUAUGGACUGUCAACAGUACGUCUGGAAAGAGUGCAGGUAAUCUUUGUCCUCCCAAAGAAUGAGGAUAAUUCCUGAUAAUUUUCAGGUGCUUUGUUCAGCUGUGCCAAGUGCCUUCUACUACUUCCCUGGAAAGACUAUUGUAGUUACUCAAGCUCUGGAGGUCACAUUUCCCCUUCCCCCAAAGCUGGAAAAGUUACAGGUCCGUAAACUGAUGCCUGGUGCUUGCAAAGAGGCAGAGACUCUACAUGUGGGAUAUUUAUGUAUCAACAGCUGAAUUCUGGAUGAAAAAAAACAGCACUGUGCUAUUAUAUACUUGCAACUUGAAUUUACUGGGUAUGUCCUCUACCUUGAGGGGAUGGUUUAGUCAUCUAAAUGUCAGGUUAGGAUUAAGCCAGACUCCCUGGCACCACAGACUCUUAAUCCUGGCAGGGUUGAUGCAAAUUUUCAGUUUCCUGAUGUGGCUAAAUUGGCUUGAAUGCAGCUUUACUGUGUCGGUUUUUCAGAUGAGACCUUAAAAGCCAACCCCAAAUCCAAUCCCUGUUUUGUGACAGGUCAUUCAAACUUCAACUUUGCUUUCUGGCUGAGCAGCUGGCCAUGGUCUAUUCUUUUUGAAAUGUAUGCAGUGAGUUGUCUGCUGAUUUUCUGCUUGGAUGCAUUUCAGUGAUGAUGUGUGUAGUUAUGUGUAAAGUGCUUUUGGAUCCUUCAACCUGAAAGGUGCUAAAUAAACAUUUUAUUAAUGCA